AUGACACUGCAGUUCUCUAACAGGAACCUGGAGGGUGAUGCAAAGGUGACAGGUCUCCUUCCUGUAGGAUUUAACAGAGGAAGCAGCAUCACCAGACACUGGCAGCAUGUAUCCAGGCACCUGUUCAACCUUAGGCAGGAGAGGACACUAGUGCCGGCAAUCAGUGGCUUUGUCCAUAUCCACAGGGAGGAGAAGGAGCCAACAGAGCUGAGCUCCAGCUGCCAUCAGAUGUCUGUCUGCCUGACUGAGCUGCACCUGUGGUCUAUGAAGAAUACCUUACAAGUCAAGGAUACAGAUAUUGGCACCUAUCAAUAUUAUGAUAAGAGAGACGCAGUGUCACCAACAGACUGCUGUUACCUGGAAGCGAAGCAGCAUAUGACAGAGGCUCGUGAAUACUUGUGGACACCCAAGAAUAGACGCCCAGAUAAACUUCGAGACACCCUCAAGGAGUUUGAGGAGCUACUGCAGUGUAGCCGUUGUGUGCUGAGCAAAUGGAAGGACAAGAACUUCGGUCAGUUUUUCUUCAGUUCAGGUGUGCUGGUGUCAUUAAGCCUAUCUGGGCCACAUCUGGAGAAAGCCAUGAUCGACAGGACCUUAGUGGGGAGAUUCAUCUCUGACACCAUCUAUGAUGCUGUACUUGCAGACAAUUUUAUGAUCGUAACUUUUCUGGAGUCCAGCAAACUUUGCUUUGUUCAAUUUACAAAGAAACAGAAUUCUCCAGAUGUUGAGAGAAGAAUUGAAAAGCUAUCCUCUUCCGAUCUUAAGAUUUCUUACAUCAAUUUACCAGGCCCUACAGGACGAAGGGUAGAACAUUGUUUAGCUAUUAAUUAUAUACAGGAUAUGGUGAUCUGCUGGUGGAAAACGGUUCAUGGGGAUGCCUGGCCUUGGUCUCCAAUAUCCAGUGAAAGCGACAGAGCUAAUAUGGUGUUGUUGAGUUGCACAAAUGGCCGAAUUGAGAUUUUAAGCUUCAUCCGCACAGAAGGUGAUCCACUUGAUGCUGGUUUCAGUAUUAAUCAGCCAUAUCAGGUCCACACAGUAGAAUGCUUUGUCGGCCAAGACAAAGAGCCAAUGGCAGACAGCUGCAUCUAUGAGUGUACUCGGAAUAAAUUACAGCGCGUGGCAGUCAUUAGCAUCCCAUUGAGAUCCAAAGCCAUUUGCUGCAGCAGAAAUAUUAUAGAAGACAAGCUUGCUUUAGGUUGUGAGGAUUCUUCACUGAUUUUAUAUGAUGCUCAUCGCAGGGUAACUUUACUAGCUCAAGCUGAUCUGAUGCCUUCUUUGAUAGCAUGGCACCCUGAUGGUGCACUAAUUAUGGUGAGCAGCUAUCAAGGUGAAAUUCAGUGUUAUGAUAUGGCACUGUCACCAAUGAAGAUGCAGUUGUUAGCAGAGGACAUAAAACCUGUGACCAAACUUCAACUCAACCAGCAUUUUGCGAUAACAAGUAGAUUGGCACAGAUUCAGUGGACAGUUUCCCAGGUCAUUCCUUCAAGUAGUGACAGCCUCGAUUUACAUGAUCGCAUGUUUUUGAGAUUUGAUAAAGGGCCUGUUGGAGUACUUUGUUUGAAACUAGGUACCAUAUUUAGAGGAAAGCUGAGACCCACUGAACUCAUCCAUCAGUAUAUUCGUUAUGAACAAAUCGAUGAGGCUAUUAAUAUUUUGUAUGGCAUGAACUGGAACACUGUGGGCUCCCAGUGCUACACUUGCCUCAUUGCCCUUGUGGAUCACCUCCUUAAACAAAAACUUUCACCAGAAAGAGAAGCACAACUUGAAGCAAGUCUCGGAACAUUUUAUGCCCCUACAAGACCCUUGAUGGAUACAGUUGUGUUAGAAUACAGGGAUCCAAUCAGCCGGUAUGCCAGGCGUUUUUUUCACCAUCUGCUCAGGUACCAACGGUUUGAAAAAGCUUUUCUGCUGGCGAUAGAUAUAGGUGCUCGAGAUCUCUUCAUGGAUAUAUAUUAUGUGGCUUUGGAUAAGGGUGAGUUGGCACUGGCUGAAGUGGCUAAGAAGAAAGCUAAUGAGAUUAAUGCAGAAUCAAUAACAGCCGAAGUUGAAACUCUGGAGUGCUUACAUGGAGGAGAUCCUCUGAUAGGAGACAAGGCAGCACUGCCCUCUGCAUCAUUUAAGAGCAGGAAUCUUUCUUCAGGAUCAAACAACUGCAGCAGCAACCAUUCAUUACAGUUUGGUGCACAGAACAAUCCUACUGAAAAGUCUUCAUGCCAUAACAUGACCGGUGACAUAGGGAGUGAACUUGGGUUUAAUACCUAUGCUGCAGCCCUGACAGCUGACCCUUUGGUUUGGAACCAGACAGGGAAUAAUUUUGAUGGAGAAGGAGACCCACAGCGCUCUGAAAACAGCAGCACUCUGAAAGUGGUACACUUUGGCCUAGUGUGAAAUGCAGUUUUGGUUUCUAAAUUACAUGGUAGACAAAGAGUGAUACUAUUUAAUUACCAUUACGUUUGUCUAUUAAAAAGGAUCUCACUGUUUCCAUUGUAUAAAUAUUAUCAAAAAGUCCAGGUAAUGCAGAAAAUGUUGCACCAACUCCAAAAAGCUGAAAAAAUCUUUUAUUCUUAAUCUUC